UUUAAGCUAUUGAAAGACAUGUCAGAGCCACUAUAAAAGGUCGCAUACUUUGUAUGAACCCUCAUCAUCUCAACAACGAUCAGUCUGAGAAUCAGAAUACGACCCCAGCUAGCUGCUUCGAGUAAUCCACUGCACGGCGCUAUCAGUUGACUGCAAAUCAUGGAAAGUAUGACGAAUUUGAGAAGAAGAAUUCCAUCUAUUCUAUUGGCUGCCUUGGUGCUGGCGUUGUCGAGGUUGCAAGCCAGUGGAGCAGUAGACAUUUGGUUUUGGUCGGAAGCAAAUUGUUGUGGAUUAUCUAAGGGAUGGUUGAAUUUCGCUGAGGGAUCCUGCAUACAAGUCGAUCCAUCGACACCUUCAGCUCAAAUCAGCAAGUCGUCCACCUCUAUAGUGACCCGCCUAUAUACAGGUGGCUCUUGUACCACCGAAGUGGGACGCUAUAAUGGCGAUUUCUGCGUUUCUGGUAAUAAGUUUACUGGUGCUCGCUGGAACACUAUUUGUCAGCGCAGUCAGGUUUUGGAUGAUCUUUCUGAUGACAAGCAGCUGGCAAGCACCAACGGCUCUUCCGGUUGCAAAAAGCUUAUGGAUCCAAACGCUGUAGUGUUCAACUCUGGUGAAGGUAACUGGGUGCUCAUGAACGACAACGCAACGGAGCUCUACGAGCAGCUCACGAAAGUACCCGACUCAGAAAAGGUGGCCUGGCUCACGGCGCAAGGAGCUACUUACACUUCCAAAACUGAGGAGAAGUUGCUCGUUGCUGGCAACUCAUAUGUUGCAACUUCAUCGAUAUAAUGGCCCUUUGAUGAUAAUGCAGAACAACUCUAGAAGUUGAACGAACCCUCCUGCAGUGUCGUCUUCGAGCACUAAAUGUCCUUUUGUCUGCCUCCCCUUACUUUCUGUCGCGAGGUGCAGCUUUGGCAGCUUAAUGUGUAGUACUGUGUGUGGCUGCUCAGGCUGUUUCUUCUGUAUGUGGAAAUAAACCAUGCACGGAUCAGAUGUACCGCCUUCUGAUCCGGCCUGCAUAUAGUCAAUAAAACCGUUGUGCAUGGUCUUUGCAAUGCAUACAUUUACCGGA